GGGGGGGCUCGGCCAACCAGCCAGCGAACCAGCCAGCGGCCAUAUCGCCCUCGACCCUCGUCCCUCUGUCUCCAGACACCACUCUCCAACACCUUCCCAUCGCAUCCGUCUAGCUAUGUGGCCCGUGAACGCUACCCCCAAGAUCCGCGAGCGCCAGAUCGCUCUCCAGGUGCGUGCGCCGUGAAGCUUCGCCGAAGUCUCCGCUCUCCGCACCUCGGCUCCACUCGGGCCGCCAUGUGGACUCGCGCUUGAGGGCAUGCAUGGCGGGCGUCGGAUAUGGGGACGAGGAUGGUGGCGGAGACAGAGGCGGAUAGCGAGGAUGAGCGCCAUUGCAAGCCAAGCGCAGCUAACGACAGGCCCGGGCUGGUGUUCCUUCUUACCUGAAGAAGCCCAACUCGAAGCUCUACCUUGGUGCGUCAUUUGUGUAUCGUCGCGGCGCGAUGCUGAUCUGCGCUACUGUUUUGCUUUCGUCUCGAUCAAACGUGCACCUGUCCAUGAUGCCGCGACGCCGUCCCCGCGCUCUCCCCUCGCCAUUAUUCCCACCUCGGUUAUUCUCACGCCGUGCACGUUCCUCGCUGCGCUCCGACUCCGCGCUCUGCCCCGCGCGCGUUCUUCCCCUCAUGACCUUUCCUAACUUGUUCAUCCCCCUCAUCCUCUCCCCCAAUACCUCCUGGUACCACUUCAACCU